AUGGUAAGUCAUUUUAGCCACCUAGCUUCUCAUCGAACGUAUGUUCUACGGUUAUAUCGACAUACGCUUCGGAAUGCAACAAAGUAUAGCAGUUCUAUCUACUUGCAAGAUCGAGUUAAAAAUACGGUCAAGGCUGCCACAUACCAUCAUCGAGGAGAUCAAUCAAGUUGGUCUGUGCGUAAAUUGUUGUCAAAUCUUCGAACGCUGAAUAUAUUGCUUUACGAGGGAGCUGUAAAGGACACACUCAAACUUCUCAGUACUUUCAAGAAGAAUUCAUCAAGACCCUCCACUGAAACGUCAAAACUUUUGAAGAAAAUCAAUCAAAUAUCAUUGGAACAUAUUAAAGCUACAAGAGAGGCACCUGAGACCAUUAGAGAAAUGUUCAUUUUGAAAAGAUAUGUUAGUAAAAAACAAAAACAGAAUAAACUUCCUUCAAAUAUUUCAAAAGAGUAUAAAUUAAAAUUAUUACUGCCAUUAGCGUUGCAUGAACUUUCUCUUAUAAAAUUUAAUAGAAUUGCCAGCAAAAUAAGGAAGGUACCUACCACAUCAAUUACUUCAACGAUGGCUGGGAGAUCAAGAGUAUGGUUUGUUAGAUCAGCGGUGAAUAAAGGUAAAAGACAAUCCAAAAUGUUAGGAUCUCUCAUUCGUUAUGAGAGAAAAAUGAAUCAGAAGAUAAUUGAUGGAAUCCACAAGUGCGAAAUGGAUGCCGAUUGGGCAUUACAUGAAGCCAUAUGGGAAAACUAUCUUGAAUCAAAUGUGAUAUUAAACUAUGACACCGGAAAAUACUUAAACGCUAUACGGAAGAAUCAAAAUGUUAAUAGCCACAUACAUGACUGGCUGAGCCCUCUCCAGAAGGUUGUUGGUGACUUGAAUAUGAGAUCGCUCGAAAAGAGUAAAACAUUCAUUGAUUUUAAGGAAAAAACUUUAAUCAAUGGUGGGUUAGCCAGAUAUUUUGAGAAGAGAGCAAUGACAAUGCAUUCCAAACGUCUUGAACGGUUUCAAAAAAUGGUGAAGACAGAUCUUCCUCACGUGAUACCAUUUGUUACUAACCAAACACUGUCUGCUUGUCUUGCCAAAUACCAUUUUUAA